CGUGGUAUUGAUAUAGCGUGUGUUUGUUAGAGAAGGAUCCAGAUGGAGACGAGCUACUGCCAUGGAGCCAUCAACAUCCACUUCGACGUGUAUCAACAAGGAUUCUGUACAACCUUCUCCAGUUAUUCAGUACGUUAAUCCCGCAUGGGAAUUAUCUCCCGUCUUCGAUUUGAAACUAGAAGAUAACGAAAACAUCAAUCAACUACCUUUAGAGUUCAGACUUAGGACAUUCAACUCUGCUAGUUCUUCAGAAGAUAGUAGCGAGUCUGAUAGUGAAACAAGUUCGACAUCAAGUUCCACAGAUUCCAGUUCUUCUUCUUCAUCCUCCUCUUCCUCAUCCGAUAGUUCUGGAUCUUCAGAGACCGAGAUAGACAGUUCGGGACAUGAAGAUUUCCGUGACAAGUCCAGAUGUAGGAAAAAAAGAAAAAGUAGCAAGGGUAGAUAAUGUAUUAAAAAGUGCAAUUGACUGUUUAACCUGAUCUUCAAUUAGUAAAAAACCAUGCAAUUCAUCUUUUUAUUCUAAAUUUCUCAGAAUAUUUAAAAUUUUUAUCGAUUCAAUGAGAGAACAUAUCAAUUAUAUAAUUUGUAAAUGUACAGACAUGUAAAUAAAUGC